GGUUCCUCAAAUAAUUGCACUUUUAGCACUGUCUUUUGAGUUCCUCUAGAGCUUUUUUUCAACAAUUAUACAUAAAGAUCUAACUCAACAUAUCUCCCCUUAGUUUUCCUCUUCCACCUACUCUUCAAAAGUAUAAAAAAAAUUCAUUGAGUAAUACACGUAUCAGAGGUGGAUUCAGAAUUUAUCGAUGGUUUCUGAAAGAAAAUUAGCAAGUGCAAUGGGUGGAAAAACAACAAGAGCAUGUGACAAUUGUAUUAAAAAAAGGGCACGUUGGUAUUGUCCGGCCGAUGAUGCAUUUUUAUGUCAAAAUUGUGACGCUUCCGUUCAUUCGGCGAACCCUUUGGCGCGUAGGCACGAAAGGGUUCGUCUUAAAACAUCGUCACUGAAACAACCAUCAUCGUCAUCAUCAUCAGACGAUUACUUUCCCGAUUUGGAAAGUCCACUAUCAAUUUCAUCAGUGUCAGUCCCAUCGUGGCAUCGCGGAUUUACUAGAAAGGUGCGGACUCCUAGGCAUGGGAGGAAGGCUAGUAAAUCUGCGGGGGAUGGAGAUGUCAUUCAAAGGAAUCCUAUUCAUCUCGUCCCCGAGAUAUUAAGCGAUGAAAAUUCCCAUGAUGAGAAUGAAGAGGAGCAACUUUUAUAUCGAGUGCCCAUACUCGAUCCCUUCGUGGCCCAGCUCUACAGCUCGGCCACAAGAAAUAAUCAUGAGAUGGUGGAGAGUAACGCGACUGCAGCAGCAGAUGCUGAUUCAGAAUUUAAACUCGAAUCUAAAGAGAUGAUGUUGCAGGAUGAUAUCUGUAAUGUCGAUCUGAAUAGAUUUCACGAGAUGUUACCCUCGGAGAUGGAGCUAGCGGAAUUCGCAGCCGAUGUUGAGAGUUUACUAGGUAAAGGACUUGAUGAUGAGUCAUUUGAUAUGGAAGGAUUAGGUCUAUUAGGGGUUUGUAACAAGGAGGAAAAUUCAAUGGAAUAUUCAAUGAUCAGUCAUGAAAAAGUCAAAAUUGAAGAUGAGGGAGAAAUUGAAGUCGUUAGAAAAACAAUUUCUGCUACUACUCAUGAUCAUCAAUAUAAUCAUACUCAUCAUGAUAUUGAUAUUAAUGAAGACACUUUUGAAUUCAAAUUCGAUUGCGAUUCGCCGAUGAAUAUUAUCGGAGAAGAUGAAGUAAUUAUGAAGGAUGAAAAUAAAAAGAAGAUUUUAUUAAAUCUUGAUUAUGAAGGUGUAUUAACAGCAUGGGCUGACCAAAGGUCUCCUUGGACUAAUGGUGAAAGGCCAGAAUUGGACUCAAAUGACUCAUGGCCACAUUGCAUGGGAAAUUACAUGGGAAUAAUGAACGAAAAUGUAACAAUAGUGGAUAGAGGAAGAGAAGCGAGAGUUACAAGGUACAGAGAAAAAAGACGAACAAGAUUAUUUUCGAAGAAAAUAAGAUACGAAGUUAGGAAAUUGAAUGCUGAAAAGAGGCCAAGAAUGAAAGGAAGGUUUGUUAAAAGGACCAAUUUUGUAACAACAACCACCCCUAAUUACCCUUUGGUUAAAUAAUUAAUGUUAGUUUAAUUUAAUUUAAUUUUUUACCACCAGGUUUUUUGUAGUACUUUUUUUUACUAGCUGUAAAAUAG